AUGGCGCCUAAAAGAGAGAAGGAAGCCAUCCCUGUCGUGGAGCUAGACAGCGACGACGAUAACGGUGCCGGAGUCGGAGCACCGAACCAGAACAACAAUGCCUCGUCGACCGGAGCACCGCCGCAAGCCACAUCUCAACCGCAGCAACAGCCCUUGGCUCCCAACUGUCAAACCCUAGACUCUCGUAGUUUCUGGAAAGCCGGCGACUAUGCCGUGGGACCCACUGCCAGGCCCUAUAUUUCCCAAGGGCAGCUGGAGCAUGCCCGGGUCCAUCCCAAGUUUCUUCAUUCUAAUGCUACUUCGCAUAAAUGGGCUUUUGGCGCCAUUGCUGAGCUAUUGGACAAUGCUGUUGAUGAGGUACAAAAUGGUGCAACUUUUGUGAGAGUUGAUAAAAUUGAUGUUGUGAAAGAUAACUCCCCAGCCUUACUUUUCCAAGAUGAUGGUGGGGGAAUGGAUCCUGAAGGUAUGCGCAAAUGCAUGAGCUUGGGUUAUUCUACUAAGAAGGCAAACACGACUAUUGGGCAAUAUGGUAAUGGAUUCAAGACAAGUACCAUGCGGCUAGGUGCUGAUGUCAUUGUUUUCAGCCGUGCAAUUCGCGCAGGCAAAGCUACCCAGAGUGUUGGUCUAUUAUCUUAUACGUUCCUCCGGAGAACUGGACAGGAUGAUGUUAUUGUUCCAAUGAUUGAUUUUGACAUCUCUGGAAACUGGGUUGAACCAAUAACUUAUGGCUCGCAGGAUGACUGGACUUCUAAUUUGAAAACAAUCCUAGAAUGGUCUCCCUUUGCAUCAAAGGAGGAUCUCAUGCUACAGUUUGAGGAAAUUGGAGCCCAUGGAACAAGAAUAGUUAUAUACAAUUUGUGGCUAAAUGAUGAAGGAAUAUAUGAACUGAGUUUUGAUGAUGAUGAUGAGGAUAUACGGUUGAGAGAUGAAGCUGCCGGUGGAAAGUCAACUAAAAUACAACAGAAAAUACAAUCCCAUAUAUCUUACCGAAUGCGCUAUUCAUUGAGGGCAUAUGCUUCCAUUCUGUACCUCAGAACAUUCACGAACUUCAAAAUUGUAUUAAGGGGAAAACCUAUACAGCAAUAUCAUAUUAAAGAUGACUUGAAAUAUUUAGAAGUAAAAACAUACAGGCCUCAGAUAACAACAUUGAAUGAGGUUAUAGUGGAAACAACCAUUGGAUUCAUAAAGGAGGCGCCUGAUCUUGGAGUUACUGGAUUCAACCUGUACCAUAAAAAUCGCCUCAUCAGGCCCUUUUGGAAAGUCACAGCUGAUGGUUCUUCGAAAGGGAACGGUGUUGUUGGAAUUCUUGAAGCAAAUUUUAUAGAGCCAGCACAUGAUAAGCAGGAUUUUGAGAGAUCUUCAUUGUUUUUCCGUCUUGAAACUAGGCUGAAACAAAUGGUAAAUGAGUACUGGAAAACCAAUUGUCACUUUGUGGGAUAUCAGCCCAUUGGUGCACGCAACCUGCAGAAGGAUCAGACUUUUAAACCUUCUGUUGGAGUUACACCAAAAGAUAUGCAUCUGGAUCAAACUAUGGCUGGCCUUUCUGCUAAUGUCCUUCAAAAUGAUUUGCGAACUAAGUCAUCGGAAGUAGUGAUGUCUGCUGACAAUAGAGAGCCCAUGUCAGUUGAUGAGAUAUGUGAAGAGAAUAUACAACUUUUCAUGAGGUGUGAGGCACAGGUGCAGAAGGAGACUGAGUUGAGGCAGACGAUUGAAAACCUAGAGAAGGAAUUGGAGAUGGCCAAAAGGAAGAGCGCUCAACUUGCCUCAUAUUUAGAGACAAAGAGGAAGCAAAAGAUAAUGAAACAACCUACCGAAACGGUUUGA